UCUCCCAACCUCAUAUAAACCAAUGCACACACACACACACACACCCACCCACAUCCAAAAGUUCUCACACACUCUACCGCCGAGUACAGAACACGCAGAGAUGGAUCUUCUGAAAGGAUCAGGGAAACAGGUGGAUGCGGUCAUCGACAAAGCAGCUGGUGUGGUGAAGGGGAAGGUGGGAGAUAUGAUCGGAGGAGGAACGAAGGAACCGAAGAAAGAUCAAGGUAUUGGAGAAAUGGUGACUGAUGCGGUGAAAGGGGUAGCAGCCAAUGCAGCCAAGGACAGUGCUGCAGACAAGGCCAAGUCUUUCGGAAAGAGCCUUUUGAAAUAAUCCCCCGACCUGGACUAUACCAUGUCCCCACUCCAUCCCUACAUGGACUAUACCAUCUCUCCACUCACCCCUGAAGAGUCCUCUGGAUACAUCAACCACAAACCUUCCUUCCCCUCAACCAACCCCAUACACUGUACUGUAACUGAGAUCUGUAUAAAGUUAAUAGGACAUGAAUAAAACACCUAUCUUUCA